CACUUCCUACCAUCUCCCAUAGGCCACACCUUCUCUCUCCUCUCUCUCUCAUCACACAGAGAGCAUGAUUCAUCACACACACAAAAGAAGAAGAAAAAACUAGAGAAAUACACCCUGGCAAUGAAGAUUAUUGCCCUAAAUCUAGUCAGAUAGCUUCAAUUUCAAUGCCUACUUACUAACAGUUAUAUAUAUCGAUGUAUACAUUCGAGCUGGUUGGGUUGUUUGUCGUUUUGGCCGAUCUUUUGUGUGUCUGUGUGGUGUAAAUAUGAGGUUUUUCUUGGAAUUUGUGACGUGUUGUGGGUCAUGCACGACGUCGGGGGGGACUCGGCACCCCGCGGAGGAGAGGAAGUUGCUGGUGGUAGAGGAGCCUCCACCUCGCAGAACGGGGCGGAGGCACGGGAGGGUGAGGGGCCGUGGCCGCGGCCGCCAAUGGACUCCUUCGCUGUCGUCCAUAUCCGAAGACUCGUUGGUGGUAGAGAGAAUUAGGAAUGCUGAGCGGCCGAACAAGGCAGGGUGGCGGAGGAGCCUCAAAAGGAAGGUUGCGGCCUUAAGAUCGGAAAGAGAUCGGAGCCGUUCCUUCGAUCGCGAUACUGACCGGCAACCUCCAGUUUCAGCACUGAUGCCAACAUUUUCUGCAACGCCCUUCAUGUUUUGAAUGGUUUCCUGAUUUUAAACUUAUUGUGUACAUACACAAAACCUACCUCAACUUUUGUACAGCGUUUUUGGUCAUUUAUGAUAUGAUAUGCGCUUUUAUAUCAUAUAUAUACUGUACAUAUUCCCUCCA